AUGUCCACGCUCGCCAGAUAUGCAGUCAUGCACCAUCCGCGGCUCUGGCGGUUUGCUCUCGCAGAACUCGUGUAUCCGCGUGACCGCGAAUCGCUGGUCCCCACAGAACUCGUGUAUCCACACAACCUCGAAUCGUUUGCCCCCUUAGACGACACAACGUCCCAGCUCCUGGGGCGGAUCCCACAGUUCCUCGAACAAGAGCCGCGGUUUGUCCCAAUCAGACUCGUGGUCCAGUGUGGCCCGAAAUGGCGAGCCGGGCUUCUGGUGGUCUCUGCCGCCGAUGCAACGAUAGAGAUCCUGGUCCCCACCUCGGGCGAGCUACCGUUUUCGGAGGAGACGGUCGCUGACGCACUGUACGACAUCCUGCCGCUCGAGAUCGGCGACUUCAACAUUGUCCUGGUGACUGUACCACCCUUUGCCUCCCGGAAUGCGCUUGCCUAUAUUACCUUCUACUACCAGCUCAGGUACGUAGAAGAGCUGCUUCUCAGUCCCAACGAGGCCACCAGAGCCCUGGAGGACGUUGGGCGCAAGGGCUUAUCGGUAUUCCGAGCUGCCCUGGACAGAUUCAAGGCCGUGUAUAAGAAACCCCCAGUGCCCGGCACCGAGGUGGUUAACGUCGGCGAUUCACCCCCACUGCCACAGGUUGUGUCUGACGACUGGCGCCCAGCCCCGGGGUCCGUUUUCCUACAGAUGCCACACGUGGUUGCAGUACAGCACGGGCUGCAGGCCAUUCUUCCCGGUACAUACAACCAGUUGAAUUUCACGGCGCUUACCGCGGAGACGUACGCGUCGAGCUGGGCCACCACCAGGUGGCGUGACGUUAUCGGACGACUCUACCCCAGUGCGUGUGCGUCCGUGAGCACCCUGGAGCUGUUUUAUAAUACCAACACGCGGCGGCUGUCGAACUGGGGUGGUAUGCUGCGACUAGUAAGGGCGUGUAACGCACAAGAUGGCGUGCGCUACAUUUUUAUAAUCAUGCAUCUCCACAAGCCAGGUGACUGGGACCAUGCCAACACCCUGAUCCUCGAUAAGCGCACGGGGAAAAUCGAGCGCUUUGAGCCGCACGGGUGCAACAACCGGGUCUUGCAGCAGGAACUGGACGACCAGCUGUCGGCUUAUGUGGCGAAGCGCCUGAGCCACCUCGGCUUCUGGUAUGUCCCGCUGCACCUUUCCUGCCCGACCACGGGGCCCCAGCUGAGGAAUCCAAGGGAUGAGGGCUUCUGCAACGCGUGGACGAUGCUGUUCCUGCACAUCCGAGUCGCCUUCCCAGACCUGGCUAUGGGCGAGAUACACGACUACUUUGCGUCGAUCUCACAUCGCCAGCUCCAGAGGACGAUCACCGCGUACGCCGGCGCCAUCAACGAGUUUGCGGAGGCCUAUGAGACCUACCUCGUGCCUGGGGCCAGAGUCGUGUCCGGCAGAGACCCGCGCUUGGUACGGGUUAUUGCAAGCACAGUCAGCGAAGACCGUGUCUUGAUCACGUACGGGGAGAACCAGGAGAGGACAAAAAACAUGGACGUGCGGUGGCUCAUGCUGCUAGACAUCCCGGCCGAGCUGAUGGUCCGAGGCCGGCUGGGCACCAUACUGCCCGACAUGUACGCGGACUUUAUGGCCAUGGCGGCCUCUGGCCACGGCCGACGCGAGCGAAAGCGAGACCGGAACUAUGGCGAUUAUGCGAGCGAAAACGACGACUCUGACUAA